UAAGUGAGCUGUAUGUUUUCUUCCCCAGGUGUUAAAGCUGGUAGAUGAUUUAAGAAACCACCCCGGGGCAGUCCUGAUGGCAGAGGGCCACCCUUUGGUCAUCAGCUCUGAUGAUCCGGCCAUGUUCGGUGCCUCGGGUUUAUCCUAUGACUUUUAUGAAGCUUUUGUUGGAUUUGGGGGCUUAAGGUCCAACUUAGGCACCCUCAAAGCACUGGCUAUGAACUCCAUAAAGUACAGUUCAUUACCCGCCCAGCAACGAGAUAAAGCUUUGGCUAUGUGGCAGAAAAGAUGGGACAAGUUUAUAUCUGAAAAUACUUUAAUAUCAGGGUUCUAUCCAAAGUUCAUAUUUUAAACAGGAAAAAAAUACAGGCUGUAUUUAC